GGCCACUUCCAUGGCGGCGAGAAGCACGAGGGCGACGUACCCGUGGCCGACCCUCUCAUCGACCCUCCAGUCAAGGUGGACCUACCGCCAAAGACGCCUCGGCCGGCCGGGUCUUCGGGCGCCUUAGCGACCGGUCACGGUCACGGUCACGGUCAUGGUCACGGCUGUCGAGUGGGCCGGUUGGCUCGUGUCGCCAGCCUGCACGGCCUCGUCUCCGGCCUCACGGGGCCCAGCAACGGCGGCGCUUGUACCGGCCUACGAAAUGGCAGUCUCACCGGCAGCAAUGUUUUUGCCCGCAUCGACGGACGCGCCAAGUACGCCGCCGUUGCCAUGCCGCGAGCUCAAACUCAGACUCCUAAUCUACCACCAUCCGGCCCAGUUGUUGGUUCGGCCAACACCAUCUCCGGCCAGUCGACGGCCGGGCAACUCAGCCACCAACACGCCCACCCUCACAGCCAUACCGGCCCAUCUCCGCCACAGGCCCACCACCACCUGCCUCACACUUACCCGCAACACCAUCACCAGCCUCAACAACAGCGACAUCUCGCCCAACCAUCAUCGCACUUGCAACCGCCCAAUCAGGCUGCCGCAAUGCUGUUUCCGCCCGAAGCAUUUGUUCGAGCCCCGGCCGGAUUCCCGCCUCGCCUCGGCCACCAAUCACACACAUCAACCUACAAUGGACCCCCGAUACAGUCGACGCUCAACGGGUCCCUUGCCACCACCUUGACUUCCUCUUCCUCCUCCUUCUCCUCCUCCUCCUCAUCCUCCUCUUCUUCCUCCUCUUCCUGCUCCUCAUCCUCAUCCUCCUGCUCCUCCUCCUCCUUCUCUUCCUCCUCGUCGUCGUCUUCUUCGUCUUCUUCCUCCUCAUUCUCUUCCGGCCUUCUCAGAAGCCCAGCUCUAUCCACGCCGGGCAGAAACCUUGUCCUACGCGGUCGUCUCGGCUACGAGGACGACAGUCCUGGAGAGUAUUUGUCUUCAGCUGAGGCGAACGGAGCCGGAAGCGACAAGAUGGACACUUGUUGUCUCGAGCAGACACGAACUGUCCGAACGGACUGUGGCGGCGAGGCCUUGGCGUGUCCGACCCUUUGCGAGGAUCGACUCUACUUUGGUCCCGUCGAUGUCUCUCAGUCAGUCUUCACGACGCCCAAAAAGGAGGCGUGGCCGCCUGGAAACGGUCUUAAAAUGGCUCCGUUCCCUCUUUUCCCAGCCAAUCACGCCAUCGUCGGCCUCUCGCCGACGCCCAGAGACACGCCCCUCGCGGCUCUUCCUCCGCUUUCCCUGUUCCCCGGCCGACCGGCCUUCGGCGCCCCGGCCGACGACGCCAAGACCGCCGGGGCUCUGGGCUCGAGGCUGAGCCCCGGCCUGGAGCGCAGUCUCGGGCAGGUCGAGGCGUUAGUAAAGCGGCUGGCGCGUUUCGGACCCGCUGGCGUGGACCUCGAACAGUUGCGGGCACUCAGCAGAGCCCUGCUGCCUGGAUCC